GAACAAUAAUCAACAAGGAAUUCCUGUGGUGUUUGUUUACCAGGUGAUCUUAUAUGGUGGGUUGGCUAAAUGAACCAAAGCACUUAGCUGACUGUGAAUUCAGUUUUGAGACUGAGAUGUCACCUUACAGGGCUCUAUGGUAACAUUUUGUUCCAUGGAGCACACUCAAGCUGCUGGGGUAGCCUAUUGCCUAGUGGCCAAGGUACAACACUGGGACCCGCAAGGUCGGUACUUCCUGCUACAGCAGGAAGCAAUACCUCCCUGCUGUGUAGAUGGUGCUUCAGCACUUGAGUAAAUGCUCCAGCUCAGUAUUGCCUGAACUCCAUGGCCCUUCUGCAGCUCAAACGGAGCCUCACAUUCACGACUAAAGAGCAUGGGAACUGUAGGGCGAUUGCUGUUGACAAAGGAGUCAGUUUUUAAUUCAACAAGUAAAACCAGCAAGUAUUCUUCUCCAGAAUACUGGAGACUCCACAGAAGAAGCUUCCAUAGUCUGGUAGCCACACUGUUUCUGGCAGGCGGUUCUGGUCAUGGUUGUCCAGUGUGAGCUGGAGUGUAUAUGAAAAAGAGUGAGAAUUUGAGAAGCAUUAUCAUGGAAGAGCUGAUAUGUGGUCACUGUGUGUAUUUUGGGAUGGUCUUGGUUUUUUUAAUCAUUCCCUUUUUAGGCCCCCUUUUGGACGAGGCUGACUUGGGAGAGAGUCCACCACACGAGCCCACAUUUUGUUUCCCAAAAUCAGAAUUUCUUGGAAAGGGAAUGAUGCCGGUCAGGCCAGUAACUUCUUUACACUUCUAGAGCAUUCCAGCAAAAAUUGAAAUGGAAAGGAGAUGUGGCAAUUUUAGGAUGGCGAUUUACACAUCAAUGCAACGCCCACCAGUUAUACGCGCAUGGCUUGUGCAGGAAGACCGCUAGUCCCUGCUUAACCAGAGACGAGCAGAAACCAGAUAAAGGUGGACUUGGUGGAUGAGAACUUCACAGAGCUAAAGGGGGAGAUAGCGGGACCCCCGGACACGCCAUAUGAAGGUGGUAGAUAUCAACUAGAAAUUAAAAUUCCGGAAACGUAUCCAUUUAACCCUCCAAAGGGCUGCUGCCAUGACGCUGCGCACGGUGCUCUUAUCGCUACAGGCUCUGCUGGCGGCAGCGGAGCCAGACGACCCUCAGGACGCAGUCGUGGCCAAUCAGUAUAAGCAGAACCCAGAAAUGUUCAAACAGACGGCUCGACUGUGGGCACACGUGUACGCCGGAGCGCCCGUCUCCAGUCCCGAAUACACCCGCAAAAUAGACAAACUGUGUGCCAUGGGCUUCGACAAAAACGCAGUAAUAGUGGCCUUGUCUUCAAAAUCGUGGGACGUGGAGACGGCAACAGAGCUGCUGCUUAGCAACUGAGUCCCCCCUCCAUGGCUGCAUCACUAGGCUUGAACACACAACCCAACCCGCCCCCCAUCCGACCUCCAGUCUCUACCUGCCCCAAACCCUUAUUCCUCCUCUCCUCCCAACCACGCUCCAAAACCCAUCACACCGCUGGGCCUCCAGUCAUCCCUGACCCCCCAUUCCAGCAGUCCUCACCCUCUGGCUCCUCCAUUUUACCUUCAGAUCUAUGGUUCUUACUUUUUUAAAGAAUACAUGUACGUUCCCUUUUAAACAGAGAAUGAAAUGCACCUGAGUGCUGUCCAGCUGAAAACUGAGACUGGGGGAUGAAAAUGUUUUGGAAAUACCCAAGAAAAAAGUUAAUCUGUAAAUAAAGGUAUUAAAAGUGUAAAUUAAAAGGAAAAAAAGACAUGGGGAAAAUACUUUUACUCUUUCUUAAUACUGUAAAAUUGCCCUGAAUUUGAGCUGUGCUUAUGAUGAUCAUAAUGAUGAAGACAAUGUGGCCUAUAGGUUUAUUUUUAAGUGAUAUAAACGCGAGUGUUGUCCUGUGACAGGAUUGGGGAUGUUCCUCUGUUUUGGGCUGCGGAGCUGUACGGUGGCCACAGUGGUAUUGGGCUUGUGGGCCGGGGCGGGGGGUUGGUGAGAGGCAGCUCGGAUAUCUUACCUUCAUCUGUAACGACACAUGCACACAGAAACCUCAUCAGUCUGCUCGGCCAGAUGACGUGGUGAAAGCGAAGGCCGUAUGUAUUAAUGCUAUAUUUGUAUUAUGGAUUCCCCUCUCAUUGCAUCUCUUGUACAGGUAUACAGGCUGGAUUGUACAGUAUUAGUCAUUUAAAUGCCUUUUUUUUUUUUUUCUUGGAAAUUCAGUGAAUGGUAAAAUGAAGAGUGGAACUCUUCAUAUACUUUACAUAUCCUGUUUGCUGUUUCUUCCCCCCUACCUCUCUUUCUCCCCCCCCCCCCCCCCAAAGUACGCCCUCCCUCGCUGGUUGCCAUAGAAAUGUUGCCCCCACCACCACCUCGUGGGCCAGUUGUUCCUGCUCUGGUGUUGUUUGUGGAUUGACUGUAGAAGGGGUCCAAGUGGUCCAUAGGGCCCAAAUCCCCUCGCUAGAGGAAAAACAACAAAACGCCUCAAUGAAAAAAAAAACUUGCGGUGCCAAACACACGUUCCACUGCCCUGCCUUCACAGGCCCUCAGUGGGAGACCUUCCGCUUUGGGAAGGGGUGGGGGGUGUGCAGUCAUGGUCCAACCCGGAGAGGAUUUGUGCAAAAGUGGCCAGCCCUCACUCUCCUGUCUCAGGGGGUAGUUGUCUGAAAGGCAAGGCUGCAUCUCUGCAUCAUUUUGUAAAACGAGUGGUUUCAGCUGAAAUCCUCCCCCUCAGUCCCAAAUGUUCAACACCCUGAGGCAGGACACUGUCCAUCCACUGAAAAGCCCAAACUCACCCUUGCAGAGUGCAGAGGUGUUUUCAGAGGAGUGGUUUUUGGCUGCUGAAAGGUUGUAUGUCACUGACGGGGAUGCGCUGAAUCAGGGAUUCGCGCGAGGCCCUUUACGCUUUACUCCACGGUUCCUCUCCCUGUACAGGGCUGCAGGGCACCCGUAAUCCCAAAGGAUCUUGUUAAGAAAGCUCCAUUUAGUCACACAAUUCUGGCACCAAAAAUAGAAGUAACUGCAUGGGUUCUGGGUUGUAACCAAAAUGCUCUGAACUUUUAACAAAUGUGACUUUUUAAACUUUAUCCACAAUAUGAGGUUGGGAGUCCUCCCCAUGAAUGAAAACGCACCACUUUUUUCUUCUCAAGACGGACGGCACGCUUCAUGGUACUGUUGAAUCUGAAGUACAGAGUAUUUGAUUUGCUUGGUGGUCUUAAGGUAAAGGGCAACAGCUUCAGUGAAUGUUACUCACGUAAACCAGUUCAAACAUGUACAGUUCUCAUCCCUGAUCAAAACUGUUAAAUAGUCUCUUCCAGAAUAGGGUUAGGGUUUUAUAUUUUUUACAUUUACAUAACUGGUAAAUAUGGAAAAAAAUUAUAUUCAAAAGGGGAAAACAUUCAACUGGGUUUGUUUGUCAACCUCAUUCUUUCUGUGGUGAUGGACAAAGUGCUACUUAAUAGAAACACCUAUGGAGAAAAGUACUUUUUUAAAUGUAUAUAAAAAAAGAUUUGCCAUUUGCUAUGGGUACAGCAUUCUUGAUUUUGAAAUGUUAUUGUAGUUACUAUAAUUUGAGCUUCUGAUAGGCGUAUUCACUGCACUGAGGGAAAAACUGAUUGGUUUUGUCAUUUUAUUUUUUUGUUACAGAUUGUGUUAACAAAUAUAAAAGGAGCUCACUGUCAACAGCAGCAAGGUAGUUGAAUAUUGUACAUUUGUCUUGAGCUAUUAGACCAUCUUCCUGGUCACAAAAAAAGGAAAA